UUCAUGCAGUGUAAAGAAGAGAUUUACUCAUUCUGCCCAGAGGCUGAGCCAGAAGAGACAGCAAAGCUAAUGUGAUUCAUUGAAGGAACAGAGUGGACAAUUACCAGCAACUUGUUUACGUUUUGCCUUGGAUAGCCUAAACUGAAAACCCUGGCUGAGAAUGACCCAGCAAAUGCACAACCUGAGCCUCCUGCAGAGCAAAAAGGCCAGCAUGCCAUCGUCCCCCAACGCUGCCAAGCGGCUGUACAGGAACCUGUCGGAGAAGCUGAAGGGCAGCCACACGUCCUUCGAUGAAGCUUAUUUCCGAGCGCGCUCCGACCGCCUCAGCCUCCGCAAGGCCUCCAUGAAUUUUCAGUGCAAUGAAGCUAUGUUUGAGGCCGUGGAGCAGCAGGACCUGGAUGCUGUUCAGAUUCUUCUUUAUCAAUACACCCUGGAGGAACUGGACCUGAACACACCAAACAGCGAGGGACUCACUCCUUUGGAUAUUGCCAUUUUGACAAACAACAUCCCCAUUGCCAGGACCCUUCUACACGUUGGGGCAAAGGAAAGCCCACACUUUGAGACCGUGGAGAGCAGGUCUACACACCUGAGCACGCUGGUGCAGGAGGCCCAACAGAGAGUGGCGGAAUUGUCUGCGCAAGCAGCGAGUGAAGGGCUGGGCAUGGAGAGCACCGAGAGGGAAAAGCAGCUCAAGGGCUGGGAGUGGAGGACCAGGCUCUACCAGCGCAUGAAGGCCGGCUACGAGCAUGCCCGAGCCCCCGAGGCGCCAACCAAUGUCUGCCUCAUGGUAACGAGCAGUACAUCACUCACUGUCACCUUCCAAGAACCCCUCAGUGUCAACUCAGCUGUGGUGACCAAGUAUAAAGUGGAAUGGAGUUCUUCAGAAGACUUUUCUCCUUUGGCUGGUGAAAUAAUUAUGGAUAAUCUUCACUCUUUGAGGUGCUCCAUCACAGGUCUCAGGACGGGCCAGAGAUAUUGUGUCCGUGUCUCAGCAUACAACGUGAGAGGAUGGGGACCUCCACGCAAAUCCACUCCUGAAUAUGCUUCACCUUCAAACUGGAAAGACUGCAGUGGAAGACAGCCUCGGCACAGGGGACACACGGAGGCCCUGGAACGCCUCCUUCAGCAGGUUCGAGCAGCUCAUCAGCACUAUAAUUGCAGAGAAAGUUCUAAAUUACAAAAUGCUGGUCGCAAGCAAUCGGUUUCCAGAAGCCUGAAGCACCUUUUCCAUUCAUCAAACAAGUUUGUGAAGACUCUGAAACGGGGACUCUACCUAUCUGUUAUACUUUUUUACAAAGACAAUUUGUUAGUAACCAAUGAAGAUCAAAUCCCAAUUGUGGAAAUCGAUGACUCUCACAGUAGUUCAGUUAUGCAGGAUUUCCUGUGGUUCACAAAGCUGUCCUGCAUGUGGGAUGACAUCAGGUGGCUGAGGCAGAACAUGGCUGUGUCUGUGUCCUCAUCCACAGCCCUCCAGGCCAGGCAGAAGAUGCUUUCAGCAGCAGCACAGCUACAGAAUUUGCUGGGAACUCACAAUUUAGGCAGAGUUUUUUACGAGCCAAUUAAGGAUCGACAUGGCAAUAUGCUGAUAGUUACUGUAAGAGAAGUGGAGAGUCUGUACUCAUUUUUUAAUGGCAAAUGGAUGCAGGUAUCCAAACUACAAAGCCAGAGGAAAUCCCUUUCAACUCCAGAGGAGCCAACAGCAUUAGACAUCUUGCUUAUAACAAUCCAGGACAUACUUUCCUAUCACAAACGAAGUCAGCAGCGCCUCCCUCCCGGCUUGUACCUGGGUUACCUGAAACUCUGCAGUUCUGUGGAUCAGAUCAAAGUGCUUGUGCUGCAGAAACUGCCCAAUGUCCUGUGUCACGUCAAAAUCCGAGACAACAGCAACGUCUCCAAAGAUGAGUGGGAAUGGAUCCAAACACUUUCUGGCUCAGAAUCCAUGGAAAGUAUGGAUCAUACUUCAGACUGCCCUACUCAAUUGUUCUUGUAUGAGCUCCAGACGGCAGUGAAAGCUCUCCUCAAACAGAUCAAUCUACCUCUGCAUCAGGCUAAGCACUUCCGUCUGUACACACAGGAGGUGUUGGAACUGGGUCACAAUGUCUCCUUUCUUCUCCUGCUCCCCGCCUCAGACGACGUCUGCACUGCCCCAGGACAGAAUAAUCCUUACACCCCACUCUCAGGAUUUCUUAACCUCCCUCUUCAGAUGUUUGAACUCGUUCAUUUUUGCUGUUACAAGGAAAAAUUUAUAAGCCUGUAUUGCCGCCUUUCUGCUGUCAUAGAGCUGGACUCUCUGAAAACCCAGCAGUCCCUGAGGGAAGCAAUUUCAGACAGUGAAGUCGCUGCAGCCAAACAAAGACACCAGCAAGUUAUAGACUACAUACAGCAAAUUGAUGAGAUAUGGAGGGACAUGAGAUGGAUCACAGAAGCACUGCAGUAUGCAAGAUACAAGCAGCCAGCAGCAGGCCUGCCCAUAAAGAAGCUUGUGGAUCUUUCAGAAGAACAUUCUCAAAAGAAAAUGAGCUCCACCUCUUCACAUCUAGAUUGUCUUCCUUCACCUCCACCUUCCCCUGAGCCUAGAAUCCAGAGGAGAAAAGCUGUGAGUGACUCCCAGCCCUGCUCAGAUGAGGAAGGCUGCUCCGAGGUGUUCCUCCCAACCGACAGUGACUACGACUCCAGCGAUGCGCUGAGCCCGAGGGAAUCUGAGCUGAUUUACUCCUCGUCCCAGGACAUCUCCCAGCAGGCUGGCAGUGGCCUGGGGGGCAGCGCACCCAACGUGCUCCAAGCCCACGACGUGAAGCCCUGCCUGGCACUGAGGGAAGUGACAGAGUGUGGUGCCUUGGACACCAGUGCUGAAUGUUGCACAGAGCAGAUGAGCAGCCUGACAAUGUCAGGGCUUACACCGAAAAGCACGGACAAGUCCUCCAGCUCCAAGCAGCCACUGGGCUUUUUAGGGAAAAAAAAGUUGGGGAAGCACCAACAUUACAACUACUUCAGCCGGCAGCACCGCUGGCUGCGCGUGCACAGCGAGUCUCAGGGGGGCUCCCUGUCUGAAGGUGUGUACACACAGCAUCCUAUCAGAUCUCCAGAUUUUUUUCAAGAACCUACCUCCAGUGAGCAGGUGAAGAUUCCCACCGAUGGGUCUCAGAGCACUUUCGUACCUCAUGCAUCCAGCCUUCCAGAGGAUGGGAAAGGCAAGGAUGAGGAAGCAAGGCAGGAUGUCCAUAGGACACAUGUGGAGCCUUAUGAAACAACAUUUCUGGACGAAGAGGUAAAGCCCUGGGUGAUGAGCAUGGAGUCUGUGGAACACACGGAUGUGCACAGUGCUAUGCAACAGAUCACAGGUCCAGAGGAGCAGUCGGGUUCUGCUGUCCCAGAAGUUUUCAGCAGCACCCUUUAACCCCAGAAUCCUGCACAGCUUCCCAUCACUCCACAUGAGAUAUGAAAGUUGUGAUCAUAAAGGCCAUACUUUCAAAAUCACUGGUAAAAAUCCAGUUCCUAAAAUGGCAACUUGUGCCUCUCUAAAGAAUCUGAAUGUUUUGACUUCAUCACCAGAUUUCUGGUCUCACAGAGGUAUCACCUGCCAUGAGGUGAGCAUUAUUAUUACUGACAUCUGCAGCUUUGCAGGUAGAGUCAUAACAGUCACUACAUAACAAUGUGCAAUUGAGUAAUCAGGUUUUGCAGAUCUCUUCAUUCCCAUGUUUCUCUGAGCAUGCAAAAUUUUAAGCAUGAGUAGUUCUGCCUGCAAGUAAGCAGAAGCUAUAACAGCCUUGGUGUCCUUAUGUUAGGACUGUGUCCUAAAAGUCUAUUUACUAUUUCCCACCAUCUCCUGCAAUUUUUUCUACUUUUCACCUUUUCUUGAAUGGAUUUAGGUUGGAUAUAGUUGAAAUGCUCACUGGUCUAGUAACACUGAUAACCCAGAGUUUCUGGCCCCUUAAAGAAAUGGAAAUUCUUUCAAUAUCUAGAAAAUGUAAUCAACACCAUCUCUGAAUCCUGUUGAAGUCUGGCAUAAUUAUCACAAUUGUGUUUUCAGGAGCUUAGAUUCCAAAUUAUUUAAGUAGCAAGCAAUUUUAAAAGCUCAGGAGAUGAAUCUUUGAGGUCAGGAGCAGACAGAACGAGGCCAGGUUCUAGACAAAUAAUAUGCAGGGUCUAUGUGAGAUUGACUUUCCUUCUCCCCACCACACAAGAGCACAUUUUGUUGUGUUGGCAUCACUUUCACACACCCAUUGGAAAGAAACACCCCUAUUUUUAUUCCUGAAUAUUCACCAUAAACUCCAGGAGUAUUUGAUCACCAUGACUGAAGCUGGAAUAUCCUGGCAAUUCUAAUUAGGGAAGUUUGGGGUGAGGUUUGAAUCUAAGAUUUUUUUCUUUGGGCCCCAAAUAAAUAUUAUUAUGAUAAGGAGGUUGGGAUGUUGCUCUAUUGUGUAAAAGCAAAUUACACUGAGUCAGGAUUUUGUCCUUUGCAACCACAAUAAACCUUGAAGCAUGACAGAAGAUAAUCUCAAAAAAGAAAUCUAUAUUAAUAAGAACCAUAACACUGGAGUCACCAAGAAAUGAACUAAUGUGUAGAGAAACCCCAGCUGUUGCACAAGCUUUAAUUUUCUUAAACAGUUCUUGAAGUUUAAUUUUAUAGGCCACAUUCCUGCUGGUUAAAUUCCCUCACUCCGUGUUUGUGCAGCCUUCUACCUUUCAGUUUUCCAGCCUCCAGGUGGAUACAUUCUAAGGCCCCCAAUAAAGAGAUUUGAGUUAAAUAGUUGAGUUUACAAGUCCUUGAGGUAAAGGUAAGGAUUCGGGCCCAUGAUCUGUGGUCCUUAUUAAAAUAGCACUUCCAUAACCCCAGUGCUAUUAAAAUCCCUGUGAACUCAAUCCAUAAAUUCAAAAAAUAAAUGUUAUUCACUAUUUUAUGUUUGGUCAGUAUGUGGAAGCCAAGAAGAGUCUUUGCAGUGAUAGAAGGGCAAAAAAUUUCUAUAAGGGAUUUACAUUUGUAACUUCUCAUUUUGGGAGCAGGAAGUUAACUUUUUGCACCAAAAAUACUCAUUACCUGAUCCAAAGUGAGGAUGGAAAGACUUCCAUUCACUCCCACAGGGUCUGGAUGUGACCCACACCGAAAAUUCCUGUGGGUGAGAAGAUGCAGGGGGAGCAGCAGUGUCAGUGCCCAUUUGCAGCUAGAAGGGCACACAUUGUAUGGAACUGGGGAUGAGGAAAGCCUGACUCAGCCACAGAGCCCAGCAGAGAUGUCUGACUGUCACUGAGGGCACUCACAGCUGGUUACUUGAUAUUCUGUUCAUUAGCAGAAGGCUUUUCACCAGGGAGGGACAAACAAUGAAUGUAAUGCUCCUGUGCAGCAUCAAAAUAAUUGACACAGUUUUCCAGUGUCCAGCACCUUGCCUGGGCUCCCCUAAUCUGUUUUGCCUCUAAAAAAAAUGCCAUAAAACUAUUAAAGAAUAAAAUAACCAUACACUGAGGCCAUAUGUUUUUUCAGGAAAUGAUGAGACAAAACAAGAUGUUCCUAAAUGAAAUCCACCUCACUUUGUUUUGGCUCAUCAGGAACAAUGAGGGCAAGAAGUAGCAAAAUCUCCAGCGGAGAAGCACACACUGCUGGUGAGAUAAGGAUAUUAAAAUCUCUUACCUGCUCCUGCUGCUGGACCUUUCCAAAGCAGCCAUAUAGCAAAUAAAGGACUGGGUUCUUUACUUGUAGGAAGGCCUUGACUUCAUCGUAGUCUUCUCUGCUGAAAUGAAAUUUGACUCUGGGGAUGCAAAUACCAGCCAAAAUCUAUCCUGUCUUGAUUUAAACCUUGCUAUGGAAGGAGUGUUUAGGUGAUGGCCAAUGGGAUGUGCAUCCUUGAUCUAUUGCCUCCAGACUGAGGUUCUUCCACAAACUUUAAUAGUCAAAGUACUAAUUGAUAGUUUUGGGUUUAAAUACUUCUGCCUAUAAAGCACUGACUCAUCUUCAGGUAAAAAUUUAGUUACUGGUUUAAAACCACGACAAUGUUCUUUGUUCAAAAUUGCUACCCCUACCUAUUUUGGGUCUCCUUAAAAGAAUAGUAGUGAACACCCAGAGAUAAAUAAACAGUAGAAUGCAGUGCCUUUCAAGUACUGCCAUAAUACAAAUCACAGUUCUUGUGCAGUUCUCUUAGGAACAUCACAUACAUAUUUCAAAAGCAACUUCAGCAACUGAAAAGAAUCCUGGAAAAUGCACAGCACAACACUGUUAGCCCCACUCCAUAGUGACUCUUCUGAGCAGAGCUGAGUAAAGGCUCACAGUCCAGAAUCAAAUUAAAAUUAGGAAUUCAGAUCUUUAAUUACUGGGAACCCUUUCUCCAGGCUGAGCUCGAGAGCCCCUCCAAGGGCUCAUGCACAGAGCUGGGCAAUGCCACAGCUCAGAGCCUGCACCAGUUUCAGUGGCCAGCAGACAGUUCAUUCAAAGGAGCCUGUGCCCACUUUGCACCAGUUGAAACUCUCCUCUCUAAAGGCACUUGUGCUUUGCAACUUCUGAGUCUCUCUUACUCUUCCAUCUUGCACCAGAACUUUUGUCCUGCAUUUUUCAGGGAGCAUAUUUUCUCCUGGGCUGAACCCAGUCCCUCCUCUUUCUAGCCAUGAUUUGGGCUGGCUAAAAAAGAAUGUAGUGCUUUAACAUUAUGACUUCACAGAAAGAAAGAAAGGAAAAAAAAAAUCUCCCUGUGUAGUGGUCUCAAACUUUCCUAUUUCUGCUGCUAGGAAGUGAGAUAUAGGUAAACUGCAAGGUCUACACUCAAAAUUCCUUGCAUCCAUGUGCAGGAAGGCAGUCUGCACAUGGACAGUUUGUCUCAAGACAUUGAGACAAUAAACAUUUAUUUCCCAUGCUUGUAUUUUUUACUUUGUUUUAGAGACUAAUUAACAAUUGGAUUUUUUACAUAGACAAAUAAAUCUAUAAAAUAAUGCUUUUAAAUACAGAUAUUAAUGGGGGAGAGUGGACAUGGAAUAUUUUAUCCUGAAUAUUCAUAUGCCUUGGAAAGAGAUGGCACAUCUUUAAAUUCUCCAUGGUAUAAAGAAAUGCAUUAAGUUGCUGGUCAACUCUUUGAAGGUGUUUCAAUGCACGGCUCGUGACUGUUAUGUAAAAUUUCAAUACAGCCUUACAAACAACAAGGGUAUAGUGUAUUUGAAAAUAGAGUACACAGUUUGGAAACCUACUCUGAAUUUCUCUAAGGUGUUGAACUUUGCCAUCAGCAAAAAGUAUUUUUAGUAAACAGGCCCUGAAUUUUCAGACAAUGGAGAUUUCAUCAGGUUCCGUCUGAUUUUUCCACUACAGAAAAACAUAAAGUAACUAGAAUGCUUUAUUUGUAAGUAUAAUUUAUCUUUUGAUUGCAUGAAGGGGAAUUCAUAAGGCUGAACCAUGCCCAGAAGUGAGGAGGGGAGCUGUUGGCACCAUAUAUUCUUUGCAGAAAGGCAGGGGAGCAUUCCCUGUGGAGGACCCUGGCACACUGGAGCUGGCAGCAGCAGUGGCACCCACCCUCCCUGGAGCAUCCCCCAGGGCCCUCCCUUGGCUCAGACACUUCUGCACAUCCAGGAGUCAUCACCUUGAUCUGAUCAGGCUCUGGAGCAGCCCAUCCAUCACUGCUGGAUGCUGGAGAGAUCCCACCAGCUCAGAGAUCACCUCUCCUCAGUGCCAGUGUCUGUGAGCUCUGACCCAGCAGCUGGUUCUCAGCCGGGGUUUUGGGGUGAAUAAGAACCAGCCUGGAUUGCUUUCCUCAAGUCUUUUCACACCACAGCAUCCUGGGCAAGGUCCAGCCUUUCCACCAGGCAGCCCAUAACAGGGGAAUGUAGUACUAAGCUUGGCUAUCACUAGGCUACAGAAAACCACCUAUGUAGCUUUUCAAAAAACUAGGAACAAACUUUUUAUGUUUAUUGUUAUUUAAUUUUCUUUCUUGGAAAAGCUAUGUGAAAAUGAUCUGGCACUGGAGAAGUUGGUGUGGCGCUAAUCUACCUUAUUACUGUGAAUUGUAGUAAUUUAUUAAGCAGAUUUGAAGCUGAAUGCACAGACUUUUUGUGGUUUACUUUAUGUAAAAGUCCAUUUGGGCACAGUCCUGUUGUCCUUGGGCCUCACUCCAGGUUCUUUUGCACAGUGUAAAUCAGGAGUAGUUCCACUGAAGCUGGGUCAGGUACAGCCCAGCACAGCCUGAUGCACAGCUCCGUGUCACCUGAGACCUGGACCAUCAUGAAAACAACAGAUUUAUGCUGGUGUAAAAAAUGAUGUUUAUAAGGAAGACAAAAGGAGUUUGAUCUCAGAAUACUCUCCUGGUCGUCCCAGGUUUCACUGGAGCCGGGCUCAGAGAGUGAACCCACCACUCUGUGUGACACCAGUUAUACUGGGGGAAACCCUCACUGCAUCAUUCACUAUUGCUCCAUAUAACAGGGAACAAACUUCUCUCCCAUGUUAUGCAAGUGAAUCUCCUUCUGAAUGCAAUGGGAGUUCCAGUCAUUUAAAAACAAAGACUUAAUGGGGUUAUUGGGGACUUGGGGGAAGGGAAGAGGGGUUGUUUGUUAUUUCCCCUCCGAGAAAAAGUAGUUUAAGUGAAGUGUUCGAGGCAGUGUUUAAUUGCUUCCUGCCUUGUUUGUACAUAGCAAUUUGGCUGUUUAUUGGUUGUCUUUGUUCAGAUUUUUAUUGUAACUUGUUUCUAUAUAUGCAAUCAAGCGUAUGUUAAAGUUUAAAUUUUGGUACAAAAUAAUGCACAAUUUUAUGUGCUCUAAAACUUUGUAAAUAUCUUGAUGAACAAUGUAUGCUGUGCUAACUGUGAGCUUGGGACUGACACAACAAUAUUUUCAUGCAUAUGUACCUGUGAAUGGCUUGAAAAAAUCAAAAUAUAUAUUGAGGAUGGCCACGAGCCAAGAGUAAAUGAGUGCCGUAUGACUCAUGCUUCUUUAAUAAUUCCUGAAAGAGGCAUGAAUAGUACAUAAAAUAGACAAUAAAAAUAAUUUUCAGGACUACAAAUAUUUUUUAUAACUUCAGAUAUUAAAUACUAUUUUAGAAAAAAAAAAAAGAUUGGUUGGUAAAAGAAAUCUUACGUUUAUUUGAGUGAAUCAUUGUCAUAAAAAUGUUCUUAACAUAGAUUUUUUUGUUUGAUCUAAUAUCAUAGAAACUCAGCUCUUUCAAGAUUUAGAAGACUUGAAUUGCUCUUGCAUUCUUACCACUCCUGUGAUCUUCUAAAAUUAUGCACUUCAAGUCUUCUCCCUCAUUAAUAAAGAAAUGCUGGUGUGUACACUCACAUGAUCCUAAAUACCACAUGCACUUGUGCACAAUGUUUAAACAGUAUUUCUUGAAAAAUAUUCUGUUUGACCAUCAUCAAGUACCCCCAUAUGUGAACUUUACAAUCCCUGGAAAUCUGAACGUAGUUUGUGUUUCUCCCUGAAUUCCUUUAUUUUUAUUGGAAAAUUACUUUUUCUAAGGCAAAGCUUUCAAAUCUGCUCUCCAAAUCCUUAUUUUAAUUCAGAAACCUGAAUGAAAUAGGCAUGGCUCUAAGGGUUGUGGGUGAAAAUACCCUCCCAUCAACAGAAAUGGAUUUUUUUUCACAUAUUCUUGUACAUAAAAAAGCAAAGCAAGACACUUCUAAUGCAGUGUGGAACUGUGUUACUGUAAGUAAGCAAGGGAAACAAGAACAACUCUGUUUUGAAAGCUGCAGUCAAACUGGAAGAGUUCUGCUCUGGGUCAGUUUACCUGAUUUCACAGGUGAACAGGUUACUAAAUGUGUUUUACCAGUCAGAUGAUGCCACAACCAGAGUGAGUGACAUGGCCAAGGUCACACAGACAGCUUGUGGCAGAGCAGGGACACAAUUUCCUGGUUAGCAUCCUCCCAACACUAUCAUCCAUAGCCUGUGCAGGGGUACAUGUGGCAAUGUCCACAGUGACCAUGCUCUGUAUUUCAGCUGUGACAUCCCAACUCAAUGCAAGCUUCAAAAAUAACAGCAUGACACUAGACUAAUAUUGGAUAUUUUCACCCAUGGAAAAUAUUUUAACCAAAACAGAGCCAAAGUGGAGUUAAGCAGCAGAGCAAAAUAAGUCUCAAGAUAAAAGAUAAAACAUGUCUGUCAUUUCCACUACCUUGAUUUUUAAUUCCCAAACAUUAAGAUUGGUACCAUGUUUACUAGGUUAGUAAAAGAAAAAAAAAAAAAAAAAAACAAAUGCAAGUAAUUAGUCAUGUUCAGUGACCUAAGGAAUUGACUGGGAAAAACACUGCAGGACAAAGCAGGAUUUUUGUGUGCAUGUGCUUCAGUUCCUCUGGUGCAUUUUGCAUGUACCAUGCAUUUUUGGAGCCUGGUUGUUUUUAUAUUUUGCUUGCCCUGAGCUGAGAUUUCUCCUUUCUCUCAGAAGAUCAGUGAGUGAGCAGCGCAGUUCUCCCAGGCAUUUCCAACACGUCUGCCAUGAAGGACAGUGCUGUUCUGUACCUGCCUCUGUGUUCUCUGCUGUUUUACUGAAAAGCUUCUAAACCAACUGGAAAGAAGUUACAAACUUUUCUGGGCAUGUUUCUGACUUGCUCUUCUGGCAGCAAAAGAUACCCACUUCACUGUUCCACUCCAGUGUAUUGACCUAUAUAAACUCUUAUCUUUCUGAGCAAACUAUUAACUUAUUUUUUCAUUCUGUCUUUAAAUAAAAGCUCUGGGUUUUA